AAUGAAUUGAUCGCAAAUUAGCAGUCAGACUAGCGUUGUAUCAAUGAAUAACGCACACCAACUUGUAAAAUUAACAUUUCGGGGCAUACUUCUGCAAGGAAUACUUGUUGACGAAAGCCCAGUAAUUUCUCUCAUCCGCCGGCCUGAUCAAGUGUGAGUGGGACAAUCACCGUUACUACAUCGAGCCUAUCGCCUUCGACAUGCAGCUAGUCCAGAGAUACUGCAUCGACGUUAAGGCUAAUUCCUAAAUCUAUCUGCCAGUGCAAGGUGCCGUGAAGCCAGCCUCGGUCUACAGUUGGUGUUCCCUGCACGACAACACGGAUACUGGCAAACAACAAUCAUAACAAGAAUACAGAGUACACUCUGGAGUCGAUGCGCAUGCUGCAAGGUUACCCUAACCUGAACGACGUGCUAGGCGUUCCAGUGAAAUUGAGAGGCUUUCAAGCUAGUAACCCCUUCCACAGGCGCACAGACAAACAAAUCAGGAUUUAUCUGCCAGUGCAAGGUGCCGUGAAGCCAGCCUCGGUCUACAGUUGGUGUUCCCUGCACGACAACACGGAUACUGGCAAACAACAAUGGCGGGUGGACCGAUUCGAUCUGCAGACCGAUGUGGAAGGUAGCCUUCAACAGUGGACUAUAUUCCAGCACCCCGAAUGCAGGGAAGACCCAGACCUGGUGUUCCAGAGAGCUGAACUCAGUGAAAAGCAGGAAAUGAACUCGAUUAUUUCAUCAACCCCAGUACUUGACUCGAGUUCAAAAUUGGCAUCUGACCAACCAAAGUUGAGCCCAAAAAGUUGAUGAGUGAUAGAUUGAUGUGAAUAAUUUUCAUUACGUACUAAAUCAUGUAUUUGAUAAGGCAAAUGUUAAUUCAUGUAUUUAAUAAGGCGCAUGUUUGUACUACUCAAAUUUUAAUUCAAUAAGUUGGUGCAUGUUUUACAUGGACAGUGUACACAACCAAUUGUGUAAUACAUGUAGUAGUAUGGCGACCGAUUUGACAUUUUACUUUACUAGAAAAUUAUUUUUUCUAUUUUGGCAUUUUUAAAAUCCGAUGGGCAUUAUAAAGUUCAUACAUUGUUAAGGUAUUUACAAAACUUUUUGUGACACUAUUUGUUCCUACUUGUUUUAAGAUCGACUUUUGAACAAAAAGGCCGUGAGUUUUACUUGCUUGGGCAUCAUUGUUUAUGUCUAUAACCUGCCUUGCGACAUGUUUGUUAUGAACUUCAAGUUAUAUUUUUAGUAAUUGUUUUUACAAAAGCAACACGAGACAAAUUAAAUAUAGAAUACAAUUGUAUUUAAAAGGUUAAACGCAUUAAUGCCUUUCAAAUAAUAUUAAUUUAUGCCAUCUUCACCGCAACAUUGACGGUAUAACACCCCAUGGAAUAGACUAGCCUCUAUCCCACCUUUUUUUGAUAAACCUGUUGCGUGCACGGACA